GCAAAACAAUAAYAUUCAAUGAUGAACUCAAUGGCAAAAUGUUGRAGCGUCACACCUUUAAGACAAUUCCAUCUGUGGAUUCUUCGAAYUGCCGAGUUCARUGUUACAUGGAAUCUCGAUGCAUUUCAUACAACUUCCACACAAGUAAAGCUUUAAGACCUUAUAUAUGUGAAUUGAGUGACUCAGAUCAUUUCAUGCAUCCAGACGACUUAAAGGAAAGUUAUGGAACGGUCUACAACAAUGUUGAGAACAACUGCACUUGCAACAAUCGCAAUAUGACAUGUAGAAUCAAUUUUGUCGAAGGCACAAAUCGAUGUGUGUGUAAACCUGGCUWCACUGGAGAAAACUGCGAAAUACAUAUUGAUUAUUGCCAGCCAAACCCUUGCGCGAACAAUGCAACCUGCUUGAAUAUGAUAGAUGGCUAUAACUGCUCUUGUUUGAAGAAUUAUUCUGGUCAAAAUUGCUCGAAAUUCAUAGGCUGGGUGCCACUCAGCAGUCUUCCAAUUUGCAUAGGAUCACGUGACGAUAAGUUUGGCCAGUUCACCAUUCCCAAUUCCGGAAGGGUCCGCACAUUCAAGCUUAUCCACCAAUCAGGAGGCGUUUCCAACUUCGGUCAAGUAMACAAGGGAAACUGGGGAACCACUGUACUUGRCCUUAAACGUCUCGAAAUAUUAAUAACUUAUAAUAAUAAUACAGUCAUUGCGCCUCCUCCCGACAAAACGCAAUUUCAUAAUCUGUUUGGACARAUGAGCUACGAUUUAACGAACCAAACUAAUAUGAGUCCUGAACUUGUUUUUCCAGAAUUUGAGCCUCCAUUAGAGGUUGUGAACAAUCAAACAUUCAGAAUUUGGUUCGGACAGGACUUGACAAACUCUUAUGAGUUCGAUAAUUCUGGAACAACAUGCGCUUUGUUGUAUUGUAUGUAUGUAUGAGACAAGGGAAUAACAUCAGAAUUAAACAACGAAAACUUCCAGAAAAGGCAACACUUAGUAUAUGAGUAGGCGCUUACCAUCGAUUGUCAAUCACAUUAGAAUAAUUUAGGUGGAAAAAAUGGUAUUCGUAAUGUAAUAUUGCAUUAAAAAAAAUUCAACACUACAAGAACACAUGUUGUUA